AUGGACUUAUAUCCGAAGACAUCCCAAGUGGUUCCACGACCGAAGCCGAUGAGGUUGCUGGUUCUAGGGCUGCCGCGCACUGGUACCACCUCUAUUUGUGCCGCCCUGGAAAUUCUAGGCUUUAAUCCAUAUCACUAUAACGAAGUGUUGAAAAAUAAUAAUAACAAACACUUCGAGAUCUGGUUGGAGGCCGUCAAGGCAAAAUACGACGGAGUUGGCGAGCCGUUCCGGGGGACGGAUUUCGAUCAACUACUCUGGAACUAUGAUGCAGUGACGGACGACCCAUGUUGCCUCUUUGCUGAGGAACUCGUUGCCGCGUACCCUGACGCGAAGGUGAUCCUCACCACGCGGCCAAGUGACGCAUGGUUCAGGUCCAUGAAAAAGCUGAUUCUCGAAAUUUUGUCCUGGAAAUCCUGGCCUCUCCUUUGUUAUUUCGACAAGGAGUUUUCUGCUCCGUAUCAAGCUCUUCUUCAUCGUACCACGUCCGUCUUAUCGAAGGGCCAUCCACCAUGCGACCCGUCGUCCCGAAACGCUAUUAUUGAAUCUUUUGAUGAGCACAAUGAGCGUGUCCGUGCUGCUGUACCAGCGGAAAGGUUUUUAGAGUUCAGAGCAGACCAGGGCUGGGGACCAUUGUGCGACUUUCUCGGGGUGCCUGUUCCGGAGAGUAAAUACCCGCACCUCAACUCCGGAAAAGAUGCGAUGCAGCUGGAGCACGACCUAUAUUGGUCCCGGUGGUAUUGGGUAGCCCGGCAGAUGGGGAAGAGAGUAGGAAUCGUGGCCUCCAUAUUAGCUGCGGUGUGGGUUGUCCGCAAAUAUCACUCCUAG